AUGGCUGGCUUCGCCCGCGGCAUCCUGGGCAGCUCGUGCCUCGCAGCGGCUGUGCGGGUGCUGCGGAAGGCCGCCAGGCUCGAGUACCUCGACUACCAGGAGGUCUGGACGUACUACCGCGCGCUCGAGCGGCUGGCGCCGGAGCGGGUCCGGGUCUACUCCGCGCGCCAGUUGUUCCCCCUCGCCGCGGCCUUCGAGGGCGAUGGCACGGCCGCUCAGCGCGAGGAGUUCGCCCAGCACAUGAGCGCGCUCCGCUGCGGCGCCGAGCCCUGCGACGUGCCCGUCGUCCUCGUCGGGGCGCUCGACGAGCGCGGCGGCGCGGCCUCGGCCGGGCCCCUGCCGCGGCCGCAGAACGAGCCCGCGGAGGUGGCGGCCGUCGGCCUGGUGCACGGGGACGAGAAGAUGGGCGUCCAGGUCCUCGCGGAGGCCGCCCGGCUGCUCGCCUUCGCGGGCGCGGAGCCCAGCAGCGUGGCGCUGCUCCGCGAGAGGCUGCUCGGCGGCGCGGGCGCCGGGGCCGCGCCGCAGGGCGCCCGGCCGGCGGCCUCGGCCCUCGUGGUCUGCGUGAAUGUCUCCAGAUCAGCACAUCCUCGAAACGAGAUGGCAUCUGACACCAUACAGGACUGCUUCGAGCGGCAGAGGGACGAGCUAAUCGCCCUGAACGCCAUGUACCCGGAUCAUUUCGUGGAGGAGGACAUUGAGGGUGCUGUAGCCUUUCAAGUGCUUGCGGAUGGCGCAUUCCUGCGAGUCUCAUUGCCAGCUCGCUACCCUCUCGUGCAUCCGCACCUCCUGCUCUCAUGUCCGGGUGGCAGCGCAACCGCGGUGGCAGCAGCGAAGAGCGAGUUGGAGCGCAUGGCAUGCGAUGGCGUCGCCGCCGAGAUGGAGUGCUGCGCGCAGCUCGUAGAGCGCUUCCUCGAGUUGGCCGAGGUCCUGCUGGCCCCACCAGACCAAGCUACCGACAGCACCGCUGAAGACGAGCUCGCAGUCGCUGCGGAGGCCGAGGGCCCAGUGAAGGACGAUAGCGACUUGGUUAUCCCACAGCACAUCAAAGACUUGGUGACAAACGUGCACAACAACAAGUGCAAGGUGUUCGUUGGCCGUCCUGACGCGAACCCGAAGGGUCGAGGCGGGAAGCCGACUUCGGGCCAUCCGAGAUGGGGCUGGGGCAAUCCGUUUUCGAUGGGCGGCGGAGCCAGCCGCGGAUCAGUGAUCCGGCAGUACAGAAAUUGGAUCAUGGCUGCCGAGAGGGCCGAUCUCAGGACGGAGGCGAGGCGGGAGCUGCAGGGCAAGACGCUGGGGUGCUUCUGCGUGCCAUUGAGCUGCCACGGCCACGUGCUCGCCCUGAUUGCGAACACAGAGAGCGACGAAGAGCUUUUCCGUUAUUUUCCGGAGGGGUCGGCAUGGCUCCUGCCCUUUGCGAACCCGCACGGCUACUUCCACGACACCCGGGAGGAGCUCGCCGUCGACCCGAACCGCGACGCGCCGUACGGGAACACGCACAGGACCAAAUCCGGGCUCACGUGCCUGCAGACGUUCACGACGCGCACGCUGCACGCGCUCCUCAGCUCCCACCUCUUCCACAACCUCGUCAACUUCCACGCUGGGACGCGGGCGAUGGUCUACCCGUUUGGGGGCCCGAACCACCUCCUGCUGCACCCCAACGGCACGCAGGCCCAGCGCCCUGCCUACGACGGCACUCGCCAGGCGCCGGCGGGCAGGGAUCAGCUCGUCGCGCAGCUGCUCGGCGAGGACGCUGCUUCGGCGGACGGCGCGGGCACAGCAGAGGCCUCGCUGCACGCGGGCCAGGUCGAGACGGCGGGUGACUCGGGGACCGGCGUCGGGGCGCACGCGCCCGACUGGGUGGCCCUGCGACAGGUCGCCAGGCGCAUGCAGCUCGCCGCGGGCGGCUACGUGGAGCACGCCUGCAUGAGCGCCGGCGACCGUGUGCAGCUGGCCCUCGGCGCCUGCCCCGGCAUGAACGCGAUGGUCAGCUUCGGCGACGGGCAGCAGGUGCACAUGUUCGAGGAGCUGCGCCGCUGCCCCGAGGGAGAGGCGAGCGCCGAGGCCCGCCAAGGCCCCGAGCAGGACGUCAUGUGGUACCGGUCGGUCAGCGAGCACUCCACCGACAUCUCGGGGGGGCGCGGCGACGGCCGCGCGCCCGCGUGCCCCGGCACGGACCCCGAGCGCCUCAGGGCGCCAAGCCUCAGGGUCAUGAGCUACCUCGUGGAGACCGACAACGAGAAGCAGCCGGGCGCGGAGGCGAUCCUGAGCAACCGCUCGCGCGAGGCCCCCGGCGGCUCCCUCGGCGCCGACCCCGAGCUCUACCGCAACGAGCGGGACCAGGGCCUCGUCGCGCGCAACGUCCGGGCCGUGCUGUCGCUCUUCGAGAUGGCGGUGCCUAGCGUGCGCGUGGACCUGCAGCGGGGCGUGUGGUACGGGGCGGGCUGCGGCGUGAUGGAUGCCGUCAGGGUGUGGGACCUCUGCGGCGUCUCCGGGGGCAACGCCUCGGCGGCCGGGCCCGCGGCGCUCGCGCGGGACGCGGCGCGCUACCGGCUGCUGCAGACCUUCGCCGGCCUGCCCUGCAGCGGGCUGCACCUCUGGGAGCACUCCGCGGAGGAGGACGCCGCGCUCGGCCCCGCGCCGUCGCUGGGCGACGCAGGCUCCCGGGCGCUGCGGGCAGAGCUGGGCGCCGCCGAGGCUGCGGCGCCCCGCGCCUGGCCGGGGGAGCAGCGGCUGGCCGACCUCUUCUUCGAGGGCGGCGUCGGCGAGGAGGGGCGGCGCGCCGCGGGGGCGCUGCUGCGGCAGCAGCCGCACUGCCUGGCCUUCGAGGGGCAGUUCGACCAGCACUGGGGCGCCGGCCCGGGCGCCUUCGGCCACAACGCGGACACGAUGGCGCCGCGCGGGGUGCCGCCGCAGGCGCUGGCGGUGCGGGCAAGGAUCGAGGACGAGUUCGAGAUCCAGACCGCGGACGGGGAGCACCGCCUCAGGAGCAGCCGCAGCAAGCUGUUCUUCCCCCUCGCCCCGGGGGCGGCCGAGUUCCAGGGCGGUUGGAGGGAGGCGGGGCUGCCGCGGCCCCCGCCCUGGGGCGCGGGCGGCGCGGCGGGCCGGCAGUGA